AUGCGUAUCGCCCGUUGGCUCUUGGGCGGAGGCCGCGAACACGUCGGCCUCGUUCUAGGCAAUGACGCAUCCGGCAAAACAACAUUGCUCUACAGACUCAAGCUCAAUGAAGCCGUACAGGUCAUUCCGACAAUUGGCUUCAAUGUCGAGACUAUAGACUAUCCCGACGGAGAGAAAGUUACCCUCUGGGACGUUGGAGGCUGCGAUGCUAUUCGUCCUCUUAUACGACACUACAUGACCCAAGAUCGCUUUCUGAUCUUCAUCCAAAGCUGCACCGACACAGAUUCUGAGCGCGUUGAGUUCUCACUCGAGUAUCUCCGCAUGGGAUUGAACAUGAUGCUUGAGUACGAAGCAAAACACAUGUUUAUCAUUUUCAACAAGCAAGAUCUCCUCUCAGAAGAAGAACGACCUAAAAUCGUGAAAGAUUUAAGAGACAAGAUUGAAGCUGAGAUCAAACCAUACGCUGAUAAGCUUGACAUCAAGAUCUUGGAUACUCCUGGUCUAAGUGCCCUUGGAGGCUGUCAGGUUCAUAACGUCAUGGAUGAGAUACGAAAGACCCUUAAACCGAAGAAUGCAGCGAAGGAUACGAAAGCUGAGAUUGAGCUGAGGGAAAAGGGACCGGGUGAAGAGGAGCUUCUCAAUAAGAUCAGAACGGCUAAUGCUCAGAGUGCUGAUGCAAACACGUUCUGGGAGUCGUUUCUAGAUGGGAGUUUAGAGGCGUGGGAUCAUUACACUCAUCUAAGAGCAGGCUUCUUCAUCAUACACGAUUGCUUCGGUAAAGGAGUAGGAUUGCUGGAGUGUGCCGAUGACUUCAUGAAGCACUUGAAUCGUCUACGCGAAAUAAAACCCGAGAGAUUUCGCAACACAGCGCACAAAACAAUGACGAUAUUCUGGCUUCACCAAAUCCAAGUCGCCGCAAUAGAAUACCAAGCACGCUCCCACCCCGGUAUAUUCCCCUCGCGAGAAGCCUACGCCGACAUCGUCUUCUCAGCACCUCAUCUCAUGAACUCCAACCUAUGGAGAAGAUACUACUCCAAGGACCUGCUACUCCCACGGUUUGCGUUUUCGGUUGUCCAAAAGACUCUUUCGUCGAAGCUUAGACGCGGAGGGGUUGUUAAGCAGGCCCUUGACGCACUGCAGUCUUCGACGAUGCGGUUGAGAGCGACGGAUUCUUCGAUUCCUCCGUAUUCAGAGACACAAGCGUAUUUCUGGAUUCAGAUCAUCCACGCUUACACCCGUUCUUUGGAAGUCGAAUCAUCCGAAAAGCAAUUCACAACUUACGAGGCGUUUAAGUCCCUCUUCGACAUCAAGGGUGAUGAGUGGAAAGAGUACUACUCCCAAUUAACAUGGGAGAGCAUCCCCGCUAGAAUGGCAUUCGUCAACCCUGACAAGAAACCCCUCCCGAAUAUCUUCAACCUUCCCUCGCAAGCAAGAAAAGACCUCGCAGUCUCACAAAUGAUAAACGCUACAAAUAACCGCUCAACAAACACAAAACUCCCACCAUCAGAAGAUCUAGACUUCCUGGCAUCCAUCCUCAUUGACGAAGCAAACCUCAUCCCAGAGUCUGAACUCAACGUCGCCAGCCACGCUAGCCUCAUAACAUUCCUAUUCAACCGUCUUACAGAAAAGACGAAAUCUACUGCGACUAGUACAAAGCGCGGUGAUGCUUCGCUGGCUUCGUCGACGGCGCUGGAGAUUGCGAAGUGGAUUGGUUUGACGCAGGCUAUGUUCUGGGUGCAGCAGAUACAGAUUGCGCUUGCUGGACGGAAGGAUAUGGGAUUAGAGGAGUGUAUCAAGGGGAAUUCGAGGUUAGCGUUCGAGGAGUUGCCGUUUGUGUAUUAUUCGCCGCAGCUUUGGGGGAGUGUUGAGGCGAGGGAUGGGUAUGUUAUGCCUGAUAGACGGGGACUUUCUAGUAUUGUACCCGGGAAAGCCAAACAGUGA